AUGUACCGACUGGACAGGACACAGCACCCACUUCCCUCAAGAAGCAACAGACCUAUGGUUGCUCGACAUGUAAAACAAAACACAGGCCAGAGCCUUGGUGCAUCUCAUCCAAGAAACGUUGCUGUGGGCCUAUUUGCACGUUUACCACGCGAGCUUCGCAACCGCAUCUAUGCCUUCUGCCUCCAGGGGGCCUAUGACAACGAAGUGAUUGUGCGGCGCGCAGCUCUUGGACAACCACACCGCUUCGCUCAUCUUAUCCGAGAGUCCUGUGGCCAAUUCUCAUACCAAUGGGUCGAGGAUCCUGUAACAGCUUGCUUGGGCACAAGAAGCCUGGGUUACGAUGUUGGGCGGGAGAUGCUCGAGUGCUACUACUGGACACGUACAUUCAAGUUUUCUCAUCCCGAACUCUGCCUGCUGGGGCCUUUUCUCCAGACCGAUGGCUUUGGUUUUGGAAUGAUCCCGGCCCACUACGCGAGACGUUUGCAGAUCCAGAUCCAGCCGCUUUACUUGACGUUCCUGUUGCCAGAAGAGCGGGCUUUGGAAGAGCAGCAAUGCUGCAGAGCAAUCGAGACGCUCAGUGCAAUCCAGACAACACGAACCGAGGUCGCCAUCGAAAUCGAUUUGUCACAAGGGUCGCUGAAUGAUGCUGACUAUGAGCGAUUUUCAGAUGUGGCCGCCACAUUCACCGCCAAAGUAAAGAAGGAGGUGGAUAAUCUAAAAGGGGCAGGGCUACACAUUACGUUAGCGGCAGUCGGGUACUAA